AUGUUUUUGCAGGAGACUUGCAAUGAUGAUUGUAAGGCCCAAUCAGAGAAGAAUAAAGGCCAGUCAGAAGGGAACCAGCAUCAAUCGGAACGAAAUCAAGGCAAAUCAGAAGGCUCUCAAGGCCAAUUCGCAGAAAAUCAACACCACUUGAAAAGAUCUAAUGGCUACUCAGAAAGAUCUCAAAGCCAACCAGAGAGAUCUCAUGGCCAAUCCAAGAGAUCUCAUGACAAGUCAGAGAGAUCUCAUGGCAAAUCAGAAAGAUCUCGUGAAGAAUGGAGAAGAUCUCGUGGCGAAUCAGAGAGAUCUCGUGGCGAAUCGAGUAGCUCUUGUGGCGAAUCGGAGAGAUCUUGUGGCGAAUCGGAGAGAUCUCGUGGCGAACCGGGAGAUCUCGUGGCGAAUCGGAGAGAUCUCGUGACGAAUCGGAGGGAUCUCGUGGCGAAUCGGAGCGAUCUCGUGGCGAAUCUGGGAGAUCUCGUGGCGAAUCGGAGAGAUCUCGUGACGAAUCGGAGGGAUCUCGUGGCGAAUCGGAGAGAUCUCGUGGCGAAUUGGAGAGAUCUCGCGGCGAAUCCAGGAGAUCUCGUGGCGAAUCGGAGAGGUCUCGUGGCGAAUUGGAGAGAUCUCGUGGCGAAUCCGGGAGAUCUCGUGGCGAAUCGGAGAGAUCUGGUGGCGAAUCCGGGAGAUCUCGUGGCGAAUCGGAGAGAUCUCGUGGCGAAUCCAGGAGAUCUCGUGGCGAAUCCAGGAGAUCUCGUGGCGAAUCGGAGAGAUCUGGUGGCGAAUCCGAGAGAUCUCAUGGCAAAUCUGAGAGAUCUCGUAGUGAAUGGAAGAGAUCUCGUGGCGAGUCGGAGAGAUCUCGUGAUGAAUCAAAGAGAUCUCAUGGCGAAUCGGAGAGAUAUCAUGGUGGUUCAGAGAGAUCUCAUGGCUACUCAGAGAGAUCUCGUGGCCACUUAG